CUCAUGGAGAAAGGAGAAGGGAAUAAUCAAACAUAUGUUACAGAAUUCAACCUCCUAGGAUUUGGAAAUUUCUCUGAACUGCAAAUUCUUCUCUUCCUUCUGUUUCUAGUGAUAUACAUUGUGACUGUAGCUGGGAACAUCCUCAUCAUGGUUCUAGUUGUGACUGAUCAGCACCUUCACACCCCCAUGUACUUCUUACUUGGGAACUUGUCCUGCUUGGAGACCUGCUACAGCUCCACCAUCCUGCCCAGGGUGCUGGCCAGUCUUCUGACUGGGGACAGAACCAUUUCUGUUAGUGGCUGCAUCACUCAAUUUUAUUUCUUUGGUGUGCUUGUGGCAAGUGAAUGUUAUCUCUUAUCCGUGAUGUCCUAUGAUCGGUAUUUAGCAAUAUGCAAACCACUACACUACAUAGUUCUUAUGAAUGGAAGAAUCUGCCUGCAGUUAGCAGCUGUCUCCUGGAUGAGUGGAUUUAUGGCAACAACCAUAGUAACAUGUUUAAUGUCACAAUUACAUUUCUGUGGCCCCAAUGAAAUUGACCAUUUCCUUUGUGAUUUCACCCCAGUGAUUAAACUCUCCUGCAGUGACACCAGCCUGAUCACAUUGGUGACUUUUAUAUUAUCUUCUAUAGACACCCUGCCCCCAUUUCUAUUCACCCUGACAUCCUAUGUUUUUAUCAUCUCCACCAUCCUGAGAAUCCCUUCCACCACCGGGAGGAGAAAGGCAUUUUCCACCUGUUCCUCUCACCUUAUUGUGGUUACAGUUUUCUAUGGGACCCUGAUGAUUGUCUAUGUCUUACCAGACAGUGAGACACUGAGAGAACUCAACAAAGUGUUCUCUCUCUUCUACACAGUCUUGACUCCCAUGGUCAAUCCCCUCAUCUACAGCCUGAGAAACAAAGAGAUCCAUUGUGCCCUAAGAAAAUUAAUCAAUAACUGUGUGGUACGCACAGAAAUUGAGAAAGGAGUCGCUCCUUUAGCUUAA